AUUCUGGGCGCGAAAGGCGACUUCAUUACAAGUCCUGAAAUUUGUCAGAUCUUUGGAGAGCUCUUGGCAGUGUACUUGAUAUCCAGAUGGCAAGCCGCUGGAUCUCCAAGCAAAGUCAGAUUGGUCGAGCUAGGACCUGGACGAGGCACACUCCUGUCGGACGUGAUAAGCACGUUCUCUCGAUUUCCUACGCUGCUUUCUUCUUUACGAUCCGUCCAUCUAGUAGAAGCUUCGCCGGGCAUGAUGACCUCGCAAGCAACCGCGCUCGGCUCCAUUUUGGAAUCCUCAGGUCUAGAAAUGAGUUCUGCGGAAGAUGGAGUGGAAAACAAUUCGAAAGACGGACAUAAGCAGCGCAGUGAUGAAGGAGAGGAUGGUCGACGCAAAGUGCAGGUGGAAUGGUUCCCUAGGAUCGAAGAUGUGCCCAUCAGUAAGGAUGCGUACACCAUGGUGCUUGCUCAUGAAUUUUUCGAUGCUCUGCCCAUUCACAUUUUCGAAAAUACGCCCAAUGGUCUACGAGAGGUCCUUGUUGACGUUGAUAGGCCCACCGAGGUGCAGAGCUCCAGCGACGGGCCCGCUGCAUCGUCCACCUCCUCGUUCCCCUCUACAGCCCUUCGAAAAGUCCUCUCACCUCGCUCCACUCCCUGGUCCACUCUUGCAUCUCUCCAAGGCCGUUUCAAGUCCCUCCCUCCCGGUUCGCGCGUGGAAGUGUCCUUCGAAUCUUUCAGUGCGGCCAGGAGAUUGGGAGAAAUAUUGAGUGGGCGAGAGGCCAGGAGAUUGAAGGAGGAUGGGGGAUUGGAUCAGGAGUUUGAGGGAAAGAGGAUGUUGGGACAGAGUUUGGGAGGUGCGGGAUUGAUUGUGGAUUAUGGAGAUGUGGUGGCUAGCGGUGAUAGUUGGCGCGCCUUCAAGAAACACGCAUUGUCUGAUCCGCUUAAAGAUGCGGGGGAAGCGGACCUGACAGCUAAUGUGGACUUUGCCUACUUGAGGUCAGCCCUAGAAGGCACCGAUGCUCGGCCACUGGGUCCGAUGACCCAAUCCUCCUUUCUCCAAUCGCUAGGUCUAGCACCAAGACUCAAGCAUCUGCUCGAAUCGCCUUCCAUUACCGAAGAGAACAAGGCGGAUAUCAGAACGGCAGUCAGGAGGCUGAUCGAUCAAAAGGGUAUGGGAACGCAGUACAAGUUUUUGGGCAUCGAAGCUGCUCCUGGUGGACCUGCUCAGCAACCGUCUGCCCCGCUGAAAAUAGAGGGCGAUGAGGACAGAUUACCUGUCUACCCUUUCGAGCAAUAG